UUCAAUCCCUUUAACCUGCUUACUCCCUCUUGUUUCUUCCUUCUCUCCGUUAAUCCUGAGUCUUUAAUACCUCAUCAUUCGAAAUCUCGCAAUUGACGAGCGGGAGAACCUCUUGACGCCGCCGUGCAGGACACGUCUCGUAACCGUAGUUCGAGUAGCAAUAAUAGCUCCGGCUUCCGUUCCCCAGUCCCACCCGCCGCCCUGUGAUCGUCCGGGCCUACACGGUACACUAAUUGAUUGAAGCUAUCGCAUCAAUGCAGAGCCUCUUCCCGACACAGGCGACAUUGUCGCAGACCUUCAUCGGAUGUUCCUCUCUGCCGAACCGCAAACCGACGCCGAAUAAGUGGACUGCGCGACAUGAGCUCUACCCAGCGUGGAGCGCUGUCGACGAUGCGAAGAACAAAGCAGCGAAGCUGAGCGAUGCUGCUGCUGCCGAGUUUGAGAAGGCCAGCUCUAAGGCCCAGGAUAAGGCUGGCAAGAUCGAGCUCUAUUCGCCUAAGUUCUAUGGUGCAUGCACAAUUGGUGGUAUUCUUGCUUGUGGUCUUACGCAUACUGCCGUGACGCCUUUGGAUUUAGUCAAAUGCCGUCGCCAGGUCGACAGCAAAAUGUACAAGGGCAACUUCGAAGCCUGGGGUAAGAUUGGCCGCGCGGAGGGUCUUCGUGGUGUCUUCACCGGUUGGGGACCUACCUUCUGGGGCUACUCCGUCCAAGGUGGAUUCAAGUACGGUGGUUAUGAGUUCUUCAAGAAGUUCUACGGCGACCUCGCGGGCGAAGAGAACUUUCACAAGUACAAGACCGCCAUCUACCUCGCUGGUUCUGCUUCUGCUGAAUUGAUUGCCGACAUCGGUCUCUGCCCAUUCGAGUCUGUCAAGGUUCGCAUGCAGACGACCAUUCCACCUUUUGCUCGCACCACUCUCGGAGGCAUCAGCCAUGUCGUUAGCACCGAAGGUUUCGGAGGCUUGUACAAGGGUUUGUACCCUCUCUGGGGACGCCAGAUCCCGUAUACCAUGAUGAAAUUUGCCUCGUUCGAAACCGCCGUGGAGAUGAUUUACAACUACCUGCCCGGCUCCAAGGGCGACUACGGCAAGGGCGCCCAAACCCUCGUCAGCUUCACGGGUGGUUACAUUGCCGGUAUUCUCUGUGCAAUUGUCAGCCAUCCAGCCGAUGUUAUGGUUUCGAAACUCAAUGCCACCCGCAAGCCUGGUGAGGCGUUCGGCGCGGCCACUGGCCGCAUCUACAAGGACAUCGGUUUCGGCGGUCUCUGGAACGGCCUUCCCGUCCGUAUCGUCAUGAUCGGUACGCUUACCGGUCUGCAAUGGAUGAUCUAUGAUUACUUCAAGAUCUUCAUGGGUCUGCCAACCACCGGCGGAGCUUCUCAGGAGGAACAGAAGAAGUGAGUAGGAGGGAAUUCGUGACGUGUAUGAUUUCAUUUCCAAAGCAUCCGGAUAUUCUGGGUGGCUCCCAGCAAUUGUGGCGCCUCAUGCCUGGUAGUGCGCCUUGAGUUUCCCAGCCAUAUAUCCUGGGGCGUUUUUUAUGCAAUUGUAUAGUUAAGUUGUGUCGUUGUACCUGUCCAUUAGGAGUAUGUCUGAUGCUGGCCGCUCGAUUGUAUUGAUAUCGAAUAGGCGACAACUUAAUAUUCCGCAAUACUUUCCGCA